CACACUCUUUUUCAUUGAAACUGCCCUCCGAACGUAGUAAUUCUAUGUCGUGGAGAGAUCACUGUACUUUGAAAAAUGUUGCGAAAAAGAACAGCUGGUCAAGAAACUGCUGAAAAUGUCACAUCUGAACCAAGCAAGAAUGCAGCGCGCCACUCGGAUGAAAGAGCAGCCUCUGAAAGCCGGUCUCAGACGAGCUGCUGGUCCACAGUUUCUCUCAUAGGAAAAAUCCUUCUCCUCAUCAUCUUCGUACCUCCCUUUCUAAAUUAUACUUCCUUAAAAAGGGAGGGAGAGCUAUUAUCACCAAAAGGUGGACAGUAUAUUGACAUUGGCCUUGGUCAAAGUAUCCACAUGAUUUGCAAAGGACAAGGGCAACCAGUUGUUAUCCUUGAUGCCCCAACCGGUGUGUCUUCAGACAUUUGGUUCCAUGUUCAAGAAAGUGUUUCUGAAAUGACAAAAGUGUGCACUUAUGACAGAGUAGGGCUGGGCUUCAGCAGAAGAGCCAUGCAGAAUGAAACCACGGGCAUGGAGAAGGUGUGGAAAAUGUCAACCACUGGAAGGAUGGUGGACGACCUCCAUCGGCUGAUCAAGGCCGCCGGGAUAGCCACUCCCUUCAUCCUCGUUGGCUCGGAACUGGGCUCGCUCAACGGCAGGUUCUACAGCCACAUCCAUGAUACGCAGGUGUCAGAUCUGGUGUUGAUCGAUCCUAUCCCGGAGGAGGUUUUUGAGGAGGGGCAGUGGCAGCAGUACUGGUACACUCAGCUGGUGCCUUCCCUGCAGUUAAAGCAGCUGUCUGCCGCCACGGGCCUGAGUCGACUGCUCAUUAUCCUGGGUGUGAUGAGGCCCGCCAUGCAAGGAGAGAACAUCUCAGAGGAUCUCCUCCAACGACAGAAAUACCUUUUGAGUAACCCAGCCCACCAGAGCAGCGCCGUAGAUGAACACUUCUUCUUGAACGAGAGCGCGUCUCAAGUCAGGGAGAUCUCCAUAUUCAAACCACUUUCCAGCAAAACAUCUGUGAGCGUAAUCAGAGGAGACACUUUCGAUGAAGAGCUCCCCGCUCAUCUCAAUCAGGUUGUUGCCAAACUGCAAAAGAAGUGUUUGGAACAGUCGUAUCCCAACGCUGACCACAUUCAUAUUCGUGGGGUAGACCGUAGAAUGAUCUAUAAAAACCCCUCUUUGGUGAGCAAGCAUUUACUGGAGCUGGUGUCACGGAGACAGUCUAAACGACAGAGCCAGUGAGGUAUGGAUCACCAGAGCCAGUGAAGUGUGGAUCUACUGAAUGCCUCAUGUUACAGACACAGCUGUUGCUAUAUGGUGCAUUUACUUUUGGGAAUGUUUGCAAGUGAAACAUCCACACAAAAUGUUUUUGUUUACAGAGAAAACAGCCAUUAAACCAAUGUGCGAAUGUUAACAAGUUUGUAUAUUUUGGUAUUUUAUUGCAAAUGUAAAUAAAUGCCAUUAAUGUCU